AUGGCAGACAGAGUGACGAAGCUGGCGUCGCAGCGGGCGGUGGUGAUCUUUGGGGCGAGCAACUGCUUCAUGUGCCACACGGUGAAGACGCUCUUCACAGAGCUGGGCGUGAGCUGGACGGUGCACGAGCUGGACAAGGACCCCCGCGGGAAGGACGUCGAGAGGGCGCUCGUCGGCAUGGUCGGACGGAGCCCGCCGGUGCCAGCCGUCUUCAUCGGCGGCAGGCUUGUCGGCACCACCGACCAGGUCAUGACGCUGCACGUCGGCGGCCAGCUCGUGCCGCUCCUCCGCCAGGCCGGCGCCCUGUGGCUUUGA